GUUUUGCUAUCAAAUUCCAAUGGCUUCCAUUCAGUGCUCAGUUUCAGUUGCUUCAGUUCCCAAACUCUCCAACCUCAGCACCACCAUUAGACCCUUUUCGGUUAACCUCAUUCCACCAAACCCUAAACCAAAGUGUGUCUUUAGAUGCAGAGCCUCCUCUCCAACGCUCGGAGAUGCUGCAAUGAGCGUCGACAAUCUCCGGCGCUUUAUUGACCUUAACAUCGGAAAUUGGAACGGCUCUUUCUAUCAAUUUGAUUCUUGUGGGAAUUUGUUGCAACAACUGACUACCAAGCUUGCUGCCAGCUCUUACGGGGAGGAUGAGCUUAUGAGCCUCAUUCAAACACUAUAUAUUAAACAGCCAUCAUCCAGUACUUCAAUUUGUGAAGACGACAAUGACGAUGAGACAGAAUGGGGAGAAUACAAAAUCAAGGAAACCAAUAUGUUUACUGUUGAUAAAUAUCAACAAAUAGGCUUCUUCCCAUCAGAAAAAGCAUAUGCACUGCGGUAUCAAACAGCUGGCAUGCUGGAAGCAGUACUAAGGCAAGGAGUGCUUGGAGAAGAUGACACCGGGGAAGAAUCACCAAAAAAUCUCAAGAUUCCCUCGCGCCGACCUUCGGUUGUAUGUGAGAAUUGCCUGUAUUCUCUAGAGAGAGAUAUGCGAGCAAGAGCGUUUCACAUUUUGGAGCCAAAAGGCACUAUAGACAUGCUUAUUGUCUUCCUAGAGGAAAGAAGUGAUGGUUCUCCUCCUUUACUUGACUGCACUAAGGAUGGGAAGGAUAAGUUUGUACCCUUUCUUGGUAAAUGGAAAGGUCAUUCUGUCACAAAACGAAGCGGUGUAUAUGGAUCUACAAUUGCUGAAGCCAAUACAGUUGUGUUACAUGAAAUAGCCGACAAUGGCCAACUUAUUCAGGAUGUUACUUCAACAUCUGAAGGGAAAGAUGUUACCACCAAUGUGCAUUGGACCGGAACAAUAUCGGAUAAUUUGGUUACAUUUGAUGGUGGUUACCAAAUGAUAUUGUUGCCAGGUGGCAUGUACAUGGGGUGCCCUUGUGACGUGGCGAAAAGUGUGGCGGAGUCAAAGUCUUUCCAUUUAGAGUUCUGUUGGUUGGAGACACCUAACAAGAGGCAAAGAUUGGUUCGCACUUAUGAUGUUCAAGGCUUGGCUGUCUCAUCUACUUAUUUUUCUGAGACUAAAUUGUGAAUGAUCAAUCUGCUUCACUUCUCUGUGCUUUUUGUAGUUGAUGAUCAUGAAGAGAAACCUAUGUAAUGUAAUGCUAAAAUUUGUUA